CACUAGUAUAUUCAAAGCUCAACCCAAUCAUUGUACAUGUCUUCCCAUUGCAGCUAGCUAUACACUCCAGCUAGCCUACAGUUGAGAAAAAUUUGAAGGAGCACAACAAUGUCCCCCUCUCUCUCCACCUUAGAAACCAGGUAUCUUGAUUCUUGCAAGCGGCAUGAAGUGGAGCCGAACUCAAAAAUUUUAUCGUGGUUUUACGAGGCAAAGAUUCAGAAAUCAUCUCAACAGAAAUGCAAUAUGGCCAUUUUAUUGGACUGCCUGAAGGAUGCUGAUUUCCCUCCACUUGUUGAUGUAUUCGUGGAAGUCAACUCCUCAGAUAUUGAUGCAGAUGACAUAACUCAAGCAUCACACUGCUCCUUAAGCAAAGACUUUGUCAUUUCUUUGUUGGAUGCAAUUAAUUUGAAGCUUCGAAUUGGUGAUCUCCUCGAUAUAUCACUUGUGGAUGACUUCUUGCGGGAUCCUUCCAAAGGUGGUUUUUCUUGCCAUGUUUUGAACCUCAGGUCUUCUCAGAUGGGAGACUUCAACAUAUCAGGAAGCUUCAAGCACUUACACACCCUUAAUCUGGACUUUUGUGCUUCUCUUACUAGUUUGCAGAAGGAUUCUUUCGCUUGCCUACCAAAUCUGAUGUGUCUUUCAAUGUGUGAAACCGGAGUUACUAAUCUGUGGACGACUAGUGCUGCCUUGUCAAAACUAACUUCAUUGGUGGAACUCCGGUUUCAAAAUUGUAUGUGUUGCAAAGGCACUGGGCCUUGCCCUCUAUCAUGCAGUGUAACAGAGGAUCUGCAGCUCCCUUGUCACAGAACUGGUUCAGUUGAAUUUUCAGGCCAUCUUCAAACAACAGGCUCACCGGAGCAUUCAUCUGAUCUUCUUCCAGUUUUGGAUGGAAAAUCUAAUCUGCAAAUUGAGGUUUCUCUUAGCGGAUUGUGUGUUCAAGAUGGAAAUAAGUCUCCUGCUAGUGCACUUAAUUGCAGCACAGAGGAUGCCUGUACCACAUUCAGGAAGUAUGUUUCACAUCAUCCUUCGCCUAUCUGCUUCGAGAAACAUUAUAGGGUGUACAUGAUUAUCUCAUUGCCUCGCUUGGCCGUUUUAGAUAACUGGCCAAUCAGGGAGCUGGAAAGGGAAACGGCGAAGGCAAAAUUUUCAGAAUGUUAUGAGUUAUUACCAUAUAAAAGACAGCACAAAGAGAGUGUUGUCAGCAUUUUACAUAUGCGUGAAACUGGGGCGAGUACAAGCCGCAAUCGAUACUCAUCCAGGCCAAGGCAGUCAUUUUCCUAUGGAAAUAGUCCAUAUUUCUACUCCAGGUCUCUUUGUGCAGCCAAACUUGGGUGUUCAGGAUGGCCACUCUUACAUCCAGUAUCCAAUAUCUGCCCUAUUUCCAAAGAAGAAGGUAAGAGCCUUCGGCCAAGGCAGUUUGAGUAUCAUCCAUCAAACUCUAGUCUCAUGGUUUUUGGAACUCUGGAUGGGGAAAUAAUCGUUAUCAACCAUGAAAACGGGCAUAUUAUUGGUUAUGUCCCUUCCCUUGGCUCUACAAACAGUGUUCUGGGCUUAUGUUGGCUUAAGACGUAUCCAUCAAAGUUCCUUGCUGGUUCAGAUAAUGGUGCCUUGAGGUUAUACGACGUGAAUGAUCUGCUACCGAAUAUUGCCGAUGGCUAUGCUAGUCCCUGUAAUGUUACCGUUGGCAAUUUUGAGCAGCUGACAUCUGUUCAUGUCAAUGCGACGGAUGAUCAGUUUAUUGCAAGCGGUUACGCCAAACAUGUGGCGAUUUAUGACAUUAACAGCGGCAAAUGCUUACAGUUAUUCAAAGAUAUGCAUCAAGGACCCAUUAAUGUGGCUAAAUUCGCUCACCAUUCUCCUUCCAUAUUUGUUACUUCAUCCUUUGACCUUGACGUCAAGAUGUGGGACUGUCGGCAGAAUCCAAUACGACCUUGCUAUACAGUUUCAAGCUCAAGAGGGAAUGUAAUGGCUUGCUUCUCUCCCGAUGACCAUCACGUGCUUGUGUCAGCUGUGGAUAAUGAGGUUAAGCAACUUAUGGCAGUGGAUGGGAGCCUUCACACAAAGUUUGAGAUACCUCCAACCGGAAGUUCCCACAACUACACUCGGUCAUAUUACCUGAAUGGAAGGGACUACAUCAUCAGUGGGAGUUCUGAUGAAUCUGUUGUUCGUAUUUGCUGUGCUCAAACCGGAAGGCGCCUUAGGGACGUUUGUUUGGAGGACAGGAGCUCAAGAACCUCAAUGUUUGUGCAAUCCUUAAGGGGUGAUCCUUUUAGACACUUUCAAAUGGCAGUCUUAGCAACCUCUGUGCAUCCCAGCUCAAAGUCAGAAAUCAUCAAGGUCAAUUUGCUCGCAUCCUGCCAUGGCAUAAAAGAAUAUUCUCUCGCGCGUUCCUCUCGUCUGGGAGGUUAAUGUAUGUAUCGUUUUAAUGUGUUCACUUAAUUAUAUAUCUCUGGAAUUAUACGUCUCCAAAUCUAUGCAUAUGUGGAUCAGUUAGCCGACGUUGUGUUAGUUAAUAAAUGUGAUUAAUUUUGUGACGCCCUAAUUACAAACCAUUAUAAGCAAUAAUAUUUAUAAAAGAUAAGAGUUGGAUACAUAAUA